ACCCUACUCCAAUAUAUAUAUAUAACUAAACCGCACACACAGUCAGUCACAAACCAAGAAAACCCAAGAAAGCUAGCGGCCAACCAUGGCAUCCAAGAACCCUUCUUUCUUCUUCUUGCUACUCUCUUUGACUCUAGCUUUAUGGUCUCUGAUAUUCCCAGCCUCUUCCUCUUCAUCUUAUUAUUAUUAUUCGUUGAAAGACGUGGCUUCUGACGAUGAAGGUGACUGGGCUUUACUCCAAUCUAGCAUAGGCAUCUCAGCCAUGCACAUGCAACUGUUGAAGAACAACAUGGUCGUGAUCUUCGACCGCAUGGACAUGGGUCCUUCAAACCUCUCUCUCCCAAACAACGCCUGCAUUCAAAAACCGAGCCAGCCACCGGACUGCACAGCUCACUCUAUAGUAUACGACGUCGCUUCGAACACCGUUCGUCCCCUCCUAGUCCAGACCGACACGUGGUGCUCUUCGGGCUCGUUGAUCCCCAACGGAACCCUAGUCCAAACGGGCGGGUACCACGAAGGCGAUCGCGUGGUCCGCACGUUCACUCCCUGCGAUGACUCCUCCUGCGACUGGACCCAGCUCAGCGUGCCGCUCGGCGAACGCCGAUGGUACGCGUCGAACCAGCUCUUGCCCGACGGGCGCGUGAUCAUCGUCGGCGGCCGACGCGCCUACACGUACGAGUUUUUCCCGAAAACCGACACGGCAUCCUUGACCUUUUACAUGAGUUUCUUGAAGGAAACGUGCGACGGUUAUGGCAACGAGAACAACCUCUAUCCUUUUCUUCAUCUACUGCCCGAUGGGAAUCUUUACGUUUUCGCUAACGAAAGGUCAAUCUUGUUUGACUACAAUCGCAACCGGGUGUUGAAGGAGUUCCCGGUCAUUCCCGGCGAGUUCAAGCGGAAUUACCCCAGCACUGGCUCCUCCGUUUUGCUUCCGUUGAGAUUAAACGGAGACGUGUUACCGGAAGCGGAGGUCAUGAUAUGCGGCGGCGCGCCGUACGGUGCGUUUAACAACUCGAAUUACAAGCGGGUGUUCGUUCCCGCCUCCAACACUUGCGGGCGGAUGAAACUGACCGACCCGUACCCGAAGUGGGUCAUGGAGGUCAUGCCGAUGCCACGUGUCAUGUCCGACAUGGUGCUGUUACCCAACGGUGAGGUUCUCAUCAUCAAUGGCGCAAUGAACGGGACAGCUGGCUGGGAGGACGGGACAAACCCGGUUUUUAACCCGGUUCUGUACAAGUACUACCUACUCGACCCGGCCCGGAGAUUCGUGGUGCUCAACCCGUCGAAGAUUCCGAGAAUGUACCACUCCACAGCGAUACUGUUGCCAGAUGGCAGAGUAUUAGUGGGCGGGAGCAACCCGCACGAGAAGUACAACUUCACAUCGUAUUACCCAACCGACUUGAGCUUGGAGGCUUAUUCGCCCUAUUACCUGAAGCCACGUGUCUCCGCCAUGCGGCCUUCGAUUCUGUCAGUGGAGACCAGCGACGGCACCGUUUUGUACAAGCAGGUAUUUGCCGUUACUUUUCAGUUGAAUCAGUACAAUCCCGGGAGCCAGAUCCUCGUGAGCCUCGUAACGCCGUCGUUUACUACUCACUCCUACAGUAUGAACCAAAGGCUGAUGUUUCUGGAGGUGAUCGAAGUGCAGCAACUGUCCACGUAUGAUUAUAAAGUGACAGCCCGUGGGCCACCCACUGCCACGGUGGCACCACCUGGGUACUACAUGCUUUUUGUUGUCCACGCUGGCAUUCCCAGCCAAGCCGUUUGGGUCAAGGUGGUUUAAUUUUAGUGAAUAUUUUGUUCACUUUUAAUGCAGAGUAAUGCAUGCACGCACAAAUUUAUUAUAUAGAUGAGAUAUAUGCACAGCUAGAUUUUUUUUUUUGGUUUUUUUUUUGGGGCUAUUUUUAAUGUUAUUGUUAAGAUUUUAAGCGUUUUGGUUAGUCUUACUUUCUUAAUUUUGUUGUUUUUUUUUUGCUUUUUGUGGGCGUGAAUUAUUUUAAUUUGCUUCUAGUUUGAAUAUGUAAUUGCAUCAUUGAU